ACCAUGACAGCCCUCUGACGUUCUUCUACAUGGAGGGAGACGAGGCGUUCUCGGACAGGCUGGAGGCGCCGUACUCGCUGGACCUGAUCAAGGACCUUGACAAUGAGCACGCGCUCGACCGUUCCAAGUCGUUGGACUCGCCACUGUACCCGUUGUACUGGGUGGAAGCGGGGCUAGAGAGGCUGGCGAGGAUCGAGAAGGAGUCAGCAGGGAUGCAGAGCGAGGUCAGAAUCAUGCGUGGAGGGGGGAGAGGGGUGGCUGACGGGUUGUUUGUGUGCAGGAGAUAGAGAAGGGCUGGGACGAGUGGAUUGAAGCUCUGAAUAUGGAGUAGUGGAUACAUAACUUGUUAUUUGUAUCUCGAAUAUCUGGUCUCUGUUUGUAAAUACACUUUUGAAUAAGAC